ACCGGCGAUUGCGACUGCAAGGAAAGGCAUGGGGGGAAAUUAUUGUAUUUUUAAUAUCUUGCAGUAUCCUCAGUGUUUCACCAUUUUUAUUACGUUGCCAAGGGAGACAGCCUCGGGAAUGGUCAUUUGCAAGAAGUGGCUAACGUUUAUUUUUUAAUUUUUUGAAAAAGAGAUGCGAAGGCUCCCAGGCUCAAGCUGUUGAUUGAGCGUUCAGGAUGAUUUGCCUAUAGGGAGAUUAGACGAUGUUGGCUCUUUAGACACUUCCAUUUUAACCUCAAGCCCAUGCAACAUGGGGACCUUGUGUUGCUGGGAAGGCUGGACAAGCUCUAUAUGACGGCCCUGUUAUAAAAAACAAUUGAUAGAUUGAAAGCCAAAGACAGGCCAAGAAGAAGAUUCAAGGUGAUAGAGCAGACUGGCUUUAGAGGAAGCUGGUUAGCAGCUGGAAACAAAAUGGCUGCCAAGCCAAGGGCCUGAAACAAAAUGGCUGCUGAGUAGGAAACACCAUCAGGCUUCCAUUUCCAGACGGCUCUAGGGCAGGAGUUGCUGCCAAGAAGGAAAAUGGAGGCCCAAGAUGCAAAGGGCUUCAAAUCAGGGGAGAGUUUGGACAAAACAUGCCUUUCUCAUGUCAACCGGAAUGAAUUUCUCCACCGGAUGACACCACGGCAGGUCAAACAGGAGCCUGAUGAGGGGUUGGCGCAGCACUGGGAAGCCCAGUGGCAAGAGUUCCUGAAGACCGUAGAGUCGCCUCAUUUGCAGUGGGGGAACCCACAGCUGGAGGAAGGGCACAGCCUGACACAGGGUGCAAAAGUGUGUACGGCGUCUUCGGAGGGCUCGGCCAGCAGAGGACGAGAAAUUUCUGCCCCACCAAGCCUUGGUGGCCCGGCGGCCCGUGGCUGUUCGGAAGCCGUCAUUAGAGGAGAAGCCACAAGGGUGAAGGAAGAGUACCUGGAUGAUGCCUCGGAAAGUGCUGAGGCACCCCGGCAGCGCUUUAGGCAACUGCGCUACCAGGAGGGGGAUGCACCAUGCGCAGUUUGCGCCCAACUUCGCUUCCUUUGCCAACAGUGGCUGAAGCCAGAGAGGCACACCAAGGAGCAGAUCCUAGAGCUGGUGAUUCUGGAGCAGCUGCUGACCAUUUUGCCACCAGAGAUCCAGAGGUGGGUUACAGAGCGGGGAGCAGAGUCCUGUGGCCAAGUGGUGGCUCUGGCGGAGGAUUUCCUGCGGAGGCAGAAAGAGGUUGCAAGGCUAGAUGAACAAUUCAGAGGGCUGGUCAGGAAAGACGAAUCCAUGAAUUUCCCCAAAGAGGAGCCAACUCCAUCAGACUUGGGCCUCUCUGGGGAGACCAAGCAGGAGGAGGAGAGGCCCGAUGAGUUAGUGGGAAAUGCUUCUGCCUUUGCUAUGGCGAGUGUUAGUGGGCUACAUAAAAAUGAAGAGGAAAAUUGUGCCCUUGGAUUUUUUCAUCAAGUGGAACCAUUUGGGUUGGCAAUGGGGAAAGGAGAUGCGGGCAUUACUCAGUGCUGUGAUCAUCAUAGUACAUUUGACAAUCAGCCCAGGCCACAGAGAGACCAUCAAGGGAGUGAAGUGGACCUCUGCAAGGGUCUCAGUGAAACCAUGGCCCAGCAGGAGUCUCCAGCAGGUGAGAGACAAAAGACUUGCAAAAUUUGUGGGGGGAAAUUCAGCUGGAGAACUGAUCUUAUUAAGCACAAGAGGACCCACACAGGAGAAAAACCUUACAGAUGUUUGGAUUGUGGGAAGAGCUUCAGCCAGAUAUCGGACCUUAAUAUCCACAAGAGAAUCCACACGGGAGAAAAGCCCUUUAAAUGCUCUCACUGUGGAAAAAGGUUCAGCAGAAGAACAAACCUUAUUGUGCAUGAGAGAAUGCACACAGGUGAGAAGCCGUAUAAAUGCUCAUACUGUGAGAAAACCUUCUGUGCUGGCUCACAGCUUAUUAGCCAUCAGAGAAUCCACACAGGAGAUAAACCCUAUAAAUGUUUUGAGUGUGGGAGAACCUUUAGUUGGAGUGCCACCUUCAGAAGACACCAGAGAAUUCACACGGGUGAGAAACCGUAUAAGUGCUUGGAAUGUGGCAAAAGCUUUAGUUUCAGGUCUGUUCUUAUUGCCCAUGAGAGAACUCACACAGGGGACAAGCCACAUAAGUGCUCAGACUGUGGAAAAAGCUUCAGUCAGAGGGCUCACCUUAAUAGUCACCAGAGAAUCCACACUGGAGAGAAACCAUUUCAGUGUUCACAGUGUGGGAAGAGUUUCAGUCUGAGAUCAGUUCUGAUUGCUCAUGAAAAUACCCACACUUCAGAAAAACCCCACAAGUGUUCAGACUGUGGGAAAAGUUUCAGUAACAAAUCACAGCUUACAAAUCAUCAGAGGCUGCACACAGGAGAUAAACCUUAUAAAUGUUUUAUCUGUGGGAAAAAAUUCAACUUGAGCUCCCUCCUUACUGGCCACCUAAGAACCCACACUGGAGAAAAACCUUAUAAAUGUUCACACUGUGAGAAAUGCUUCAGUGGUAGAUCAACUCUUGUAGCGCAUGAGAGAACCCACAGAGGAGAGAAGCCACACAAAUGCCCAGAUUGUGGGAAAACCUUCAGCCAGAAAACAAAUCUCAAUAGUCACCAGAGAAUCCACACUGGAGAGAAGCCCCAUAAAUGCCUGGACUGUGGGAAGGGCUUCAGUCAGAAAUCGCACCUCCUUAAUCACCAGAGAGACCACACAGGAGAGAAACCGUAUAAAUGUGCAUGUUGUGAUAAAAGCUUUAGUGCCAGAUCCACUCUCGUGGCACAUGAGAGAACCCACACAGGAGAGAAGCCACAUGAAUGCAAAGACUGCGGUAGAAGCUUCAGCAGGAAAGCUCAUCUUGCUAGACAUGAGAGAACCCAUGUUGCUAGCAAAGCAUUCUUGGUGCUUAGUCAGUAGACGAGUUUCUGAGUGGCCAGAGAGAGUAGGGAAAAGAAACCAACAUGCAAAUAAACUAUAUAACUUUUCACUGCAGAAAC